CUGGUGCAGAGCUCCAACAUGAAGUCCCUCUGGAAUAUUUCUUUGGUGGCUCCUCUGUUCUUUCUCCUGCCGCUUCACACGUCAACCUCUCCAGCCUCCAAGGACCAACCCAGCACCAGACAAUACAAUGCCCAUGCCUGUGUAGGGUGUGUGGUGGUCGUGUCUGUGAUUGAACAGCUUGCUCAGGUUCACAACUCUACGGUCCAGGCCGCGAUGGAGAGACUGUGCACCUACCUGCCUGAAAAGCUGCUCUUGAAAACCACCUGCAGUUUAGUGGUGCACAUAUUUGGACCCGACGUCAUAAAACUGCUCAGAACAGAUAUGAAUGCUGACAUGGUGUGUCAUUCCCUGGAGUUUUGUAAACAGGACCCUGGCCAACCAUUGUGUCAUCUCUACCCCCUUCCCAAGGCAUGGAAAUUUACGCUGGAGAAGGCAAGGCAGAUUAUGAAGAAAUCUCCGACUCUGAAAUAUUCCAGGAGUGGCUCUGAUAUCUGUUCUCUACCAUUUUUGGCCAAGAUCUGUCAGCAGAUUAAGUCUGCUAUAGAAAAUUCUGUGCCAUUUAAAGAUGUAGAUUCAGACAAAUACAGUGUUUUCCCAACGCUGCGGGGCUAUCACUGGCGGGGGAGAGACUGUAAUGAUAGCAACAGGCUGGCAUACCCAGGCAGAAGGCCAGACAACUGGGAUAUACAUCAGGACUCAAACUGUAAUGGCAUUUGGGGUAUUGAUCCAAAAGAUGGAAUUCCAUAUGAGAAGAAAUUCUGUGAAGGUUCACAGCCCAGGGGGAUCAUUUUGCUGGGAGACUCAGCUGGGGCUCAUUUUCACAUCUCUCCCGAAUGGAUCACAGCCUCGCAGAUGUCUUUGAAAUCCUUCUUCAGCUUACCAACAGCUCUUACUGAUGAGUUAAACUGGCCCCAACUCUCCGGUGCUACUGGAUUUCUGGACUCUUCUAGCGGAAUUAAAGAAAACUCUAUUUACCUUCUUUUACGGAAAAGAAACCACUGCAAUCACAGGGACUACCAGAAUAUUUCAAGAAAUGGUGCAUCUUCCCAAAACCUGAAGAGAUUUAUAGGAAGUUUGUCUAGGAACCAACUGUUGGACUAUCCAGCCAUUGUCAUAUAUGCCAUGAUUGGAAAUGAUGUCUGCAAAGGGAAGAUUGACCCAGUCUCAGAAAUGACCACUCCUGAGAAAUUGUACUCCAAGGUCAUGGAGACUCUGAAGUAUCUGAAUUCCCACCUGCCAAAUGGCAGCCACGUUAUUUUGUACGGCUUUCCAGAUGGAACCUUUCUCUGGGAUAAUCUGCACAACAGAUAUUAUCCUCUCGGCCAACUAAACAAGGAUGUGACCUAUGCAAAUUUCUACUCCUUCCUGAGCUGUCUCCAGAUCAGCCCCUGCCAAAGUUGGAUGACUUCUAACAAGACCCUCCGGACUCUCACUACAGAGAGAGCAGCUCAACUCUCCAAUACACUGAAGAACAUCGCAACCAGCAAGAAAUUUACCAACUUUGAUCUUUUCUACCUGGAUUUUGCCUACCAAGAAAUCACAGAGGAGUGGCAGGAGAGAGGCGGGCAGCCCUGGCAGCUCAUUGAAACCGUCGAUGGAUUCCACCCAAAUGAGGUGGCUUUGCUCCUAUUAGCAGAUCGCUUCUGGAAGAAAGUGCAACUCCAGUGGCCCCAUGUCUUGGGAAAGGAGAAUCCAUUCAACGCCCGGAUUGAACAGGUGUUUGGAGACCAAGGGGGUCACUGAGUCGCUCAGGAACAUGCACUCUUGGGCUGCUCAGGGAGGCAGGAACUUGGGUAAACUCACUGAGCAGUUAUGGGGACUGCCGUGUCACACAGGCUGAUAGGACCCUAUUUAGCAGCAUCACUGCAAAGCUUUUCUUCCUCAUUUCAGAGCAUAUCUGAAUGAUAGUGUGGUUCUCUGUGUUAAUGAGAUCAGCGCCCCUCCAACUGUCCUUCAAAUAACCUUUAAUAAAGGGUUUUGGAUGGCAUUACAA